UGAUGUAGUCGCAACUAAUGCGGUCAGUGACUCACGCUUCUUUGACGUAUAUUUUUAUUUUAUUUUCAAAUAAUUCAGUAUUAUUCAUGUAAUAUAAUAAUUAAGUUUAAAGUAAUAGAGUUGUGUUUAUAUUAUUAUGUUUGUUUUAUAAGAUAAGAAGGUUACAAGCUUGAAGAAAAAGUGAUUGUUGUGCGUGUUUAUUUUACGUAAGGAACAAAACAAAAGGUUACGAUGGCCGAAAAGAAAAUUCAAGAAAAUCCACUCCCAGAGGACCAACCAGCAGAGACAGUGGACAAACCUAAAGACAUGGUACCAAAACCCGUCCCAGACAAGCCUGCCACCAGUGUACCAGUGCCAGUGGCCACAGCUCCGGAGGUGACACCUCGGCUGACCACUCCAGUGUUCUCAAAGACUUCUCCCAAUGACCUGUACAGGAGACUGCUGCCCGCUAUGCUGUUUGUCCUGACUUUUGUUACUGUUAUGACUAUGCUACUCAUCUAUAUGGAUACAGUUGCGCUGGGUGCCCAGAAGUUCCGCGCGAACAUGUCGCGAGACUACGAGCUGGCGAACAUAGCGCAGGGCUCCGCGGCGCUCGUGGCCUUCGUGCAGCAGCUGCACCUGGCGCCGCGCCACGCCACGCCGCCCUCGCACCCGCCGCCCGAACCCACGCCGCAGAUCGAGGUCAUGGACAGACUCUUUGGUGAAAUUUACAACGGCACGUUCGUGGAGUUCCUGCCCCGCGGGCCGCGGUCGCAGACGUCGGAGUACCUGGAGCGCGCGCGCGGCUGGGACGGGCUGCUGGUGCGGGCGGCGGCGCGCGACUACCUCGCGCUGCGCGGCGCCGCCCGGGCGCUGCACGCCUGUCUCAGCCCCACUGCACAUCCUAGGGAGGUGACGUACCAGGAGACGGAGCGGUCGGAGGCGGUGUUCCGUUCGCGCGUGCUGUGCCUGCCGCUGUACACGGUACUGCUGGCGGGCGACGCGGCCGCCGCGCAGCUGCUGCAGCUGGCCGGGGACAACGCGCUGCCCGCGCUCACGCAUCUGCCCUUCCACGACCCGCGUCUGCAUCUGCAGAUGAUAGAAGUGGAAUUCACAGACAAUGCGAUCCGUAACAAGACGACCCAGUUCCUGCUGUCCAAGAACUACACGGUGGCCGCCUCCUUCGACUCCAGCGUCAUGUACGCACUCAACAACGCCACCAUACACUGAGCGACGCUAGACGGCGCCGCUGACACUUCAUACACCCCCCUUCUUUAUUUCGUAAGUAUUAUUAGAAAGUGUUUGAGUUUUGUAUUAUAUUACAUCAGUUUAGAAACAAAUUUAUUGAUGUUUUGUCAUAAAUGUAUUAUUUUUACAAUCGAUUCUGUUAGUGACUCAAUCAAAUGUUCAAUUAAUUUAUCGUUAUUGUUAAUCGAAUGUGUGGAAUAUUGUUCUCUCAAUCAGAUUUUAGUUUUCGUCGCGUUUAAGUGAAAUUCGUGAAUGUUGUAUCAAUUAAAAAUUUGAUGUUGAUUGUUCCAAGUGUCAGUGGUGCCAUCUAUCGAGCGUCUCGUAAUAUGAGCACAAAAUAACACAAAAAGAGAUCUUAACUGUAAUAAUAAUUUAAUAUUAAUUUCGGUAACAGUGAAGGCGGAACGUUUUAUUUUAAAUAUGUGAUUUAAUUUAGUAUUAAUUUUAAGUGAUUUUAAUUCAGUUCCGUGAUUUCAUGUUCAAGUUUAUGUGGUUUUGAUGUAGAAAACCAUGUUACGUGGUCGAAAUAUUCAAUAAUUUUGGAAAAAUAAGUUAAAUUGUUAAACAUUGGUAUCUAGGGGUCUCGUUGUACAUCGAUUUUGGUUAUUGUUUUAAGCAAAAUCUUACAUUUUUGAACCACAUGAUAUUAAUUGAUUAAAGUUGUAAAACUUUUAGUUAAAGAGACUCCUGGUCAAAAUGGAUGAUAGUUAUAUUACCAGUGAAAGUGCCUUAACACUUGGUUUACAAUGCUGUUUACUCAAUUUCGAACCUGCACUGUUUUACCUACACUCGUAGAUUAUGCUAGAUACUAAUUUGGCUAUGGAGGAAUGUGAAUGUUGUGAUUUAUUGAUACAAGUUGAAAUGUUUCAGUAACUUGCGUUUUGUGGAAUAUUUACUGAUCUCGUUAAUUUUUUCAUUGUCAGUAUUAAGUGGUGAUAACUGUUGUCUAGAAUUCUUAUUCAAUGCAUGUUGCUAAAAAUAACACUAAAUACAAGAAUGUAUAGUGUGUCUAUUUAUUUAUUAUGAAUAUUCUUUUAAUGAGUAUUAUUUUUUCAAUGUUUUGUCGUAAUAAACAUUUCAACUUGUGUCAACCAUGCGAGCCAGAGGAAGUGUGUCGCACUGACAAUAAUAAAGACUAAUAGAGCUAAAAUUAUUGAUUCCCAGCUACUACAUAGUGUAUACUAAUAAUCGUUAAUUUUACAAUUAUUGUAUCAAACCCCAUGGCGCGGGAUAUAAGGCAAUGUCUACAGAAUUUUAACACGUUUGCAAGCGAAAUCAUAGUAUAAAAUUAAUUGUAUUUUGUAUACAAUGUAAUAAAUCAAUAAAUUAUAUAAAAUCAAGUAUUAUAAUGUAUAAUGGUUGUUGAGAUUGUGUAGACAAUUGCUAGAAAUAAAUGUUUGCGUAAGAUACUGAAAGGUUUGUGCUGUAAGGUUGUAAUGAAGGUAGCUUGGUACGCAGCGUUACGCUCUCCACACCGCGAAGUAGAUAGAAUAUACAAUUUAAAUGUCAUUUGACUUAUUUACUUACGUAUGUAUUACUACUAACAGUAGCAAAAAAGCUAAUGGUCUGCCUGAUGAUAAGCAGUCCGGAGCCUAAGUACACUUGCAAUACAAAAAGUAACACGUAAAAAGUAACUUGACUAGUCUCAAGACAUUCUAGGGGCUCAUAUUCAUGAAUAACAUUGCGCGACACACAAGCGAACGAGCUUCAUAAGCUAGUAUGUUUAUACAAAUAUUCUUCAAGGUUUGACAACAAAACAUACAUAAGUACACUACAGUAAGUAAAUAAGUCAACGUGACAAUUUUUUACUCACAAAUACUGAGCGCUUAGAUAAUGUUCUCAAAUGAUUUCACUGCCAUUCGAUAUUCGUGUUUGUGCGUAUUUUACUGCGUCCUACAAUUCCAUCCAGCGUAGUUUUAUUUUAUCUAUUAUUGUAUUCUUAGCUAUAAUUUAUAUACAAGUAAUUAUUAUGAUUGCCUCAAUUUUGAUCUGAUUUUUAUUAAGCUGCACCAUGCCUAAUGUCGUAAUAAUUUCUCAAUGUUUGUAUUGUACCUGUGUUAUGUCUCAAACGGUAAUGUUGUAAAUUAUAAUGGAAAUAAAUAAUUCAAUGUUUGUAUUGCAUGUUAGUCGCGAAGUGGUGCAGUACUACACUAUAAUAUUUAUUUAUAAUUGCAAUGUAUGUAUGUUCGUAAUUUUAUAAUGAUUGUAAUUCGGCAAUGAUUUAUAAGUCAUUCCAUGUUUCUAUUUAAAUUCCAUUUUUUAAUUUUAAUUAUUAAUAAGACUGAAUAAUAUCGAAUAUUUUUUUAAAUCUCAAUGAUCGUAAAGUAUUUAUUUUCCGAGUGAUUCACAAGUAUCACUUCAAUGAAAUGAAGUAAUGAUUCAUUAAUUGUAUUAAUUUUAGCGAUAUAAUUAUAAUUAUGUUAAUUUUAAGUAUAUUUUUGUUUAGGCUUAGUUUAAAUGCGCUCAAUUUUCCACGAAUAAAUUUUAAUGGCUUUAAUUA